GAUCGUGCCGUUGAUUAAUUACGUCGUAAGUUCUCGCAAUAAUCGGGUUAAUUGUAUAUGACGUGCGAAAGUGGGUGAAGCGGCCAGAGUGAGACCGCGAUCCCAUGUGACGAUGUGACAUUACCAUCGUGACAUCAAUCUCGGUGACAGAUCGUCGAAUUGAACGGAAGGUGUCGGUCGGGAUCAUCGGGUGGACCAUGAACCAUGGAUACGUUGCAGGUCGAAGACGGCGCGACUUCGGAAGAGAGACGUAAGGAAGAACGCGCAUAAGCCAUGGGUAGCGGAGGGGUUGGUGAGGUACCGACGAUAUUUCAUCCCCGAAGAUCACGUACGUCGAAUAUAACUCUCGCCGAUGAUCAACAGACUCAUGGUCUUUUCAUCACUCCUAUCCAGGUUGCACUUCACGCCUCAGGAUGCGAGCAGCAACAGGGUUGCACCGUCGCCGAUGGACGCGAAUCUGCGUCCAGCUGUCGCACCUUGGAGACCACCGGAAGUGCCGUAGGAAGCGGCGAUAGCGGGACCGGGGGUGUGCAGGUUCAAUCGACAGCUCAAACUCGGUCGUCGAUUCACGUGACCCCGACUACGACCCCGGUCGUUCAACGGACGAGCUCGGCAUGUUUCGCCUCCUGCUGUGCCGAGAGCGCGAAGAAGAUAUAUUUCGGGGUGUGCGUGACGAUAUGUGUGACGGCGAGUUGGGUCGGGGCAACUCAUUGCAUCAAAUAUUUGUACUUUCACUACAAGUACGACAAAGUCUCUCAGACGUCCGUCACCGCGAAUUCCUCCACGGACGAUUUGCAUCAUCAGCAGAUCACCUUCGCUUAUGACGCACCCUUCUUCACGACGUGGUUCUGCACCAACUGGGAAGUCCUCUAUUUCCCGAUGUACUUCAUCUGUCGGGCUGCCAGAACCAAGUGCGUUACCCCUUCCGAGAUAAUCGCCGAGAGCCUUCGCGGCUUUCGCGAUAAGGGCUUCACCGGCGGCCGCUUCUUACUCAGAUGCAGUCUCUUCUGCUGCCUGUGGGUCAUCACGAAUUACUUGUAUAUACUCUCGUUGCGAAUACUGUUAGCCACCGACGUAAUGGCAUUGUUCGCGACCAACGUUUCGUGCGUCUACCUGCUCUCGUGGGUCAUUCUUCACGAACAGUUUGUGGGUGUAAGGAUAGUCGCGGUGAUCUUGUGCAACACCGGCAUCGCGCUCUUAGCUUACAUGGACGGCAUAACCGGAAGUCCGACGCUCGGAGGUGUCGUUUUAGCUACAGCAGCGGCAGCUGGCUCUGCCGUUUAUAAAGUUCUCUUUAAGAAAGUAAUAGGAGAAACUACGUUCGGUCAAAUGUCUCUAUUUUUCUCCCUUAUCGGUUUAUGCAACGCCGCUUUGUUAUGGCCGAUUUGUCUGGCUCUGUACUUUUCCGGGGUGGAAACCAUGCAUUGGGCAAGACUACCCUGGGCAGCGUUACUCUCCGCCAGCAUCCUUCAUUUAGUUGCGAAUAUGCUCGGCAAUUUCAGCAUCGCCCUCACUUACGACCUGUUCAUUACUCUUGGAUUAAUCACAGCUGUACCUGUGUCCGCUGCACUGGACGUUAUUUUCUACGGGGCGUACUUUAUGGGUAUGAAAUUGGCAGGCAUGAUCUUCAUAGCGGUCGGUUUCUUCCUCGUGAUGUUCCCGGAUAAUUGGCCCGAUUACAUAACGAGGCUCCUUCGAAACGUAGUCCUCAUGAGUCACAGUACAAGUACCAGCCCGGGGGGCAGCCAGCGGCAGAGCGGCAGGACUUUCCUUAGGGGUCGCGCGGCUUCUCUUCAGCAACGUCAGCAACGUCUGAGGAGUUACGGCGUGAUCGCUGCUCAUGGAGACGGCCAGACGCUGCUGCCGAUCAGUAACAACAACAACAAUAACAACACCGGUAGCGGUAGCAGUCAACGUCACGUUAACAACUCCCAACAGUACAGCUCGAUCUCCGAAAUCCAAUCACGCCGUGUCCCUCCUUCCACCUCGACCUCUACAACCACCACCACCACCGUCGUCAGCAACAGCUACUUACACGAUCCUCAUAAUCAGCAACACCAAGGUGGAGCAGGAGACACAGGCACGGCAUGUCAGAUGGAUCGUCGCGCGACGUGAUCGAUUAUCGAACCGGUUAUAUAAAAUCACACCUACGUUCGCCGUCAGGCAGAGUUCGGUGACUAAACACGUCGAGAACGGAAGCAAUAAUUACGGGAUUAUGGCAGCGAUAUAUAGAUUCCUUUGGCAGUGGCUCAAUGGCCAAAGUUAUCAUUCAAAUAUAAGCGAAUAUUCGCUUAGCGAAUAACUUUAUUAGUAUCUCUUCUGUACUUUUUUAGGGUCUCCUUAAUGGUCCACUAACAAUACGCCGUUUCAUCAACGUCAGUCAUUUUCGAUGGUAGUUUAAUCGACUCCUUAGCUCUUUUUGAUUUUGUUAUAGCUCUAAAAAGCGAGAAAUAAUCAAAUCAAUUAAACUAGGAUUAAGCGAGAAACAAAUGCGGAUAGAAAAUCUAUUGUAAAACAAGUACUUUCUUAUAUCGAGUAUAUAUACUUCUUUAAGGGAUCUUCCUAGUUUGACGCUCUGAAAAUAAAGGCGAUUUUUGGGAAUUUUUUUAAAUAAAAGUAUAAAACAUAUUAAUUCUAAACUUUGCACGUUUAUUAAAUAACAUUUCAAAUAUAUCCUGAAUUUGUUCAAACAAAAAUAUUUGUUUGUUUUGGAGUUAUAGUAGUCCACCCAGGAUGUCUAAAAAAAUGGCGAACAUGAUUCCAGCCGUUAUAAUCAUCAGAAAUAAAAAAUCAAGAAGAUUCUUAAUCUGUAUGUGUGAUUAUCGUGUGAUUAUAUUGGAAUCAUGUUCGCCACGAAUAAUUUUUUUUUUAAGACACCUUGGUUGGACUACUAUAACUUCGAAACAAACAAAUAUUUUUAUUUGAAAAAAAUUCGGAAUAUACUUGGAAUGU